UUGAAGAUAAAGAAAUAUGAGAGUUCAGAUAGAGUUGUUGGAAUGGCAAAUUUAUAAGUUGGUUGAUAUCCUGGGAUGGUACGAUUUAUUAAUCUCCUGCUGCAAAAACAAAUGAAUCACAUGACGUUAACGAUGAGAUAUGAUGGAAUCGCCAACUUGCGGACGUGAAGCACCGAUGACAUGGAUUUGAAAGCAGUGCAUCACGAGUUCAUAGCAGAAGUAGACGCAGUGGGAGACGGUUAUAGAGUCAGCAAGAAAAAAGGCAUUGUUGAUGAUUUUAAAGCAGAACAUCUGUGUAAAGCAAGUUCACUAGUGUACAAGCAUGGAAUGAGGAAAAUAAUUGCGUAUUUGGUUAUUGGGAGCUAUUAUUGUCAACGAAACGUCAUGACAAUCGUCUGAGAGGUUAAGAAUAACUUGAAGAUUGCUGCGAUAAAUUACUUAAGAGGCAGAACGAAGUGGAUACAAUGGAUACCAGGGUGAAUUCCGUAGAAAAUGAUUAUACGGAAAUUAUCCAACGUCUCCCGAGAACACAGAAAUUGGCAUAUGGAGUCGGUCAUAUACUCAAUGACAUUUGUGCUUCUAUGUGGUUUACGUAUUUAAUUGUUUUCUUCCAUUAUGUACUUGGAUUUGAUCCUGUGUUCUCCGGAUUAGUUUUGUUCAUUGGACAGAUUGCUGAUGCAUUGGCAACCCCUUUCGUUGGACUCCAAUCUGACAAGAAUGAUGAUUUCUGGCUGUGCAGGUAUGGCCGACGAAAAACGUGGCACUUGUUGGGAACUGUAUGCGUGCUAUUCUCUUUCCCAUUCAUAUUCUCAAAGUGCAUUAACUGUGAAUAUGCAGAACAUUGGGCUCAGCUGAUCUAUUACUCUGCCUUCAUUAUUAUUUUUCAAUUCGGCUGGGCCUCCGUGCAAAUAUCACAUCUAUCAUUGAUUCCAGAUUUGACACCUACUGAACACGAGAGGACAGAGCUCACAGCUAUCAGGUACAUGUUUUCAGUAUUUGCGAAUAUUUUCGUCUACGUUGUAUUUUGGGCUGUACUAAACAUCACUAGUGAAGAUCCAGCCACUCAACAAAUUGGUCCAAAUGAUGCCUCAAAGUUUCAGCAUAUCGUUUUAAUCGGGAUAUUCAUUGGGUCAAUAACUUCUAUUAUAUUUCAUACGUUUGUUAGAGAAAUUCAACGUUCACCAACAGGUCCACUGAGGAGAGACUUGAGGCCAGCCUCAUCUUUUCUGAAGGAUUACAAAUUUUACCAGGUGGCCUCUGUUUACAUGUCAUGCAGACUGUUCGUCAAUAUAGCUCAGAUUUACGUGCCUCUAUAUCUUCAUGAGAGCUUGUCGAUGCCAGCAACUUCCCUGGCUGUAAUACCAUUCAUCAUGUUCAUGAGCAGUCUCAAGUGGUCUUUGAUCAUUGAAAAAAUUAAUACGAAAUUGGGGCGAAAGUGGGCGUAUCUGAUUGGCGCUAUUCAGGGCGUAGCUGCAUGUAUCUGGAUAUAUUUUGGACAUGGGGACUUUUAUAGUCAUUAUGCUAUUUAUCCAGUGGCACUAUUAUUGGGUGGUGGAGGAUCUGUGAUGUUGGUUACAAGUUUGGGUGUAACAGCUGAUCUAAUCGGGUCGAAUACCGAAUCCGGAGCAUUCGUAUACGGUGCUAUGAGUCUCACUGAUAAAUUGUGUAAUGGUAUCGCAGUUAUGAUUAUCCAGUAUACGAAACGGUGUGUAAAUGGUUGUCCCAGUUAUUAUCGAGAUGUUUUGAGCUUCGUGUGCGGUGCAGCUGCGAUUUUUUCAGUAUUAAUGAUAUUUACCAUUAAACGAAGCAGUGAAAAUAGCGAAAUCGAGGUGACUCCAGGGUACACCACGCUGAUAGCCGAUCCCACAUUCGAAGCAGCUGUCGAGACAGUUCCGUAUCAUGUUACUUCUCCAAAUCCGGGCGUCAAUGAUACCUCUAGACAAUAACUAAAUCAAAUGGCAAUCUGAGUCUUGCGUCAAUAUCCACGUUAAUGCCAUCAUCUGUUUCUGCCAGCUUCUUCAUAUUUUCAAAUAUAUUUUUCAAAAUAUUAAUUUGUGCAUAUCAACAGUGUUUAAGAUUUGAGUAGCAACACGAAAUGGGUCGAAUACACUGAUGAAACUAGUGUAGAAAAAUUAAUUUUUUAAUUGGUAAAAACUCAUGUCAUAACUGGGACAUUGACGGUUGAUUGAUAUUGACUACAGAUACUAAGAAUUCUGUUGAAAAGAACAUUUAAGAGUAAUGUAAUUUUGUAGAAAAAAUCAAUAAAAUUUCAAGAAUGCGGCUUGAGAAUCAAU